AUGGCGUUCUUUAAUAGUGAGAAGCAAAGUGAUAUAGAGAAAAGAGUUGAUGAAGUUUCACUUCAUAACAUCAACUCAUCACAUGAAGCAACAAGUAUUCAAGAAUAUGAUACAGGUUAUCGUUCAACACAUCGUACAUUAAAAUCAAGAACAUUACAUUUGAUCGCCAUGGGUGGUUCUAUUGGUACUGGUUUAUUCGUUACAAUCUCAACAGGUUUAUUAUAUGGUGGUCCACUUGGUUUACUACUUGCAUUUUUGAUAUGGACUGGGAUCAUUUUCAUUGUUACUGCAUCUAUUGGUGAAAUGGUGUGUUAUUUACCAGUUUCCUCUCCAUUUAUUCAAAUGGCUGGACGUUGUGUUGAUGAAGCUUUUGAAGUUAUUGUUGGAUUUAAUUAUUUCAUUAUGAUUAGUGUUUAUAUUCCUUUUGAAAUCACUGCUGUUAACGGUAUGAUUCAUUAUUGGAGAGACGAUUAUUCACCAGCGAUUUCAUUUUGUAUUCAAAUCUUCAUUUAUACAAUGUUGAAUCUAUUUGCUGUUAAAUAUUUUGGUGAAUCUGAAUUUUAUUUAAGUAUUGGUAAAGUCAUCUUGGCUAUUGGUUUGAUUUUCUUCACUUUUGUUACAAUGGUUGGUGGUAAUCCUCAACAUGAUGCUUUUGGUUUCCGUUACUGGAAACAUCCAGGUCCUUUAGUGGAAACUUUAACAACUGGCUCAAUGGGUCAAUUCCAUGGUUUCAUGGCUGCUUUAAACAAAGCUUGUUUCACUAUUGUUGGUCCAGAAUAUUUAGCUAUGGUCGCUGGUGAAGCUGGUCAAGAAACAAGAAAAGUUUUAGCUGGUACUUUUAGAACCGUUUUUUACAGAUUAACUGUCUUUUACAUUCUUGGUGCUCUAUCUGUUGGUAUUCUAGUUCCAUCAAAUGAUAAAACUUUGACACUUUUGGCUUCAUCUGGUUCCACUUCAAAUGGUUCUUAUUCUCCAUAUAUCAUUGCAAUGAACAAUUUGAACAUUAAGGUUUUGCCUCAUAUUGUUAAUGUUCUUUGUGUUAGUUCUGCUUUCAGUGCUGGUAACUCUUAUGUUUACUGUUCUUCAAGAUCCUUAUAUGCCAUUUCACAAAGAGGUUUCGCUCCUAAAUUUUUGCAAUACUGUACAAAAACUGGUGUUCCAGUCUUCUGUGUUGGUGUUGCCUUCUUAUUCUCAUUAUUAUCCUUGUUACAAUUAGGUGAUUCAGCUGCUAAAGUUUUGAAUUGGAUUGUUAACUUAUGUACCGGUGCUCAAAUCUUGAAUUAUUUCUUCAUGUGCAUCACCUAUUUGGGUUUCUUUUAUGCUUGUGAAGCUCAAGGUGUUGAUAGAAAAGCUUUUAGAUACACUUCAUGGUUCCAACCUUAUUUGGCUUAUUUUGCCAUGGUUAUCAUUGGAUGUAUGGUUGGUGCUUUAGGUUACACUGUCUUUAUGCCAGGUUCUUGGUCAGUUGAAAACUUUUUGACUUAUUACUUGAUGGUUCUUUUGGAUCUUGUGAUUUUCGUCGCUUAUAAAUUAAUCAAGAGAACAAAAAGAGUUAGAUCUGCUGAAGCUGAUUUAAUUACAGGUUUAGAAGAAGUUGAAAUGCAUGAACAAGCUUAUUUGGAGUCCGUGGAACAAAAAGGUCAACAUCCAGGAUCAUUGAAACAAAGAAUAAUGGACUGGGUCUUUUAA